AAUGACUCAGGCAGUAGUGGUGGUGUGGCCCGCGGGGCGGCGUGGCGCGGCGCUGGUCCGGGACGCUACUCGGUUAAUGAUUUGUAUAGGCUAGUGUACAAUACAAAUUUAUUUACGAAUCACUUGACGUACCUGAUCCUUCAUUGUUGACUUGGAAGUACCAAAGACUCGUUCAGUGUUGUAGAACUUUACUGCAAUAUAGUGAGAGAAAAUGUGACGUGUUUUACUGGUGAGGAAAGUAAAGUGUUGCGUGAGACAAACGUUUAAGUGGUGGAAGAAGUAACUUAAGAGAAACAGUGAAAAUGUUGACCAUGCAAGCAAUGAUCCACCGUCAGGAGGCUGGGGCAACCCUCAGGAAGCCUGACAAGACCACAAGGCCCACCUCUAAUGGCAGUGGCAAGAGCAAGGGGAAGCGUAAGGCUGCCAAGAAGAAGAAGGACGCGGCCGCUGGAGGAGAUGACGCUAUCGGGGACAUCUUCGUGGAAGUGCCUCAGCCUGGCGGGGAUAAGGGCGUGUCAGAACCUCGGACGGUGGUGGCCCGGGAGUGGCUGCUGCUGAAGAACACUGAGGUGCAAGAGGUGGCCAGGGUACCUCCCAUCAAACCAGGGGACCGAGGCAGCUCAGGCAGUGGUCAUCAACGGGAUGACUCUGCUCCCCCUCCCAGCCUGGUCCCCGUCAGGAAGAAAGACGCGCGUCCCGCCAAGAACAACAGAACGAGGGACGCUAAUGGUAAUGUCAGAAUACUUAAGGAGCCGCGUCCUCUUGUUCAGGAGGGAGGCCAACCUAGAUUAUCUGCAGAUAUGACCCCCAAGACUGUCAAGGGCGGGGGUGCAGACGACAGAGAAGACCCAACCAGGGGAACACUACCCAGGGAGGCGACACAUGCCGGUGACGUCACUGUCAUAAGAGUGCAACUCCCAUUCGACACAACAGAUGAGCCUCACAACAAAGAUGUUCCUCACACCCGGGACAAGAGUAAGGGUCCAGACUCCACGUCAAGAAAGGGUAGUCGCCACUUCACCUCAGAAGGUUCUCCUGGUGAUAAAAAAGAGCGGAAGAGCGGGAGCAACAAGGUGACAAACGUCAAGCGUCACAGCUCCAGCCGUAGUACGGGUUCAGAGGGCAGCACUUUACGUCGGAUACGACGUCGAGGGACACACCACAGCAGCACCGCCACACAGACCCCUCCCGGUUCUCAUUCUGAGUUACGUAACUGCACAAUACCUCCAGACACCAAGCGUGGCUCUUAUAAGAAUCACGAGAAUCCCGCGGCUCACAACACCGACCACCGCACCCACGAAGAGAAUCCUCGGAAAGAUCUGACGGGGAGUAUACCCGGUGCGUCGCUCCUGCUGAAGCUGGUGUUGCCGCGGGACAAACGCACCAGCAGGCAUUCCGGGGGCUCUCCCUCCCAGGAGGUGCCGCCCCCCUCCACUGUACCAACACCCUCCCGGGCACCAGCCUCCCCGCCCCUCCCAUGGUUCUGGUCUCCUCUCCGCCAUAUGGAAACUGCGAACCCUCCACAGCCUCCUCUCCUGCCGCUGCCGAGGGGGCCGCCACCACAGCUGGGCCCCGGCUGCCAGGGCUUGGUUGCUGGGGGUGGAGAGGCCGAGGCUUUGAGAGUCAUGCCUCUCUUACCAGAGGAUAUCGUACCAUUCCCGCCCAGGGCAGCACCGCCUGUGCCUCGUCAGAUACAAGGUGAUCAGAUGAGCAUCUCCAGCCUCAACAGCAGCCUCGCAGGACACACUUACGAGCAAGUUAACUUUGUCAUAGAACCUCCCAUAUCGGAGUCCAGGGAAAAUGAGUAUGAACUGAGUAAAACUAUAGAAGAAAUGCAGUCUUAUCAUAUUGAUAAGAAUGAAAUUCCCACCCAGGAUUCCAACCACGUUUGUGUGCGAAUAACUGAGCACCCUGAAGCAGAGGCCCCUGAGGGAGGUACGACGAGGAGAACCUCCGCCCGGAGAAAAAGAAAGAAGUCACGGUGUGCAGCCACCAUCACCGACGACUACCUGGUGGGCGACCUUUACCCUGAGGCGCUGUGUAGUCAGGAGGACCACAUGGAGAUAGUUGGGAGGCGAGUGUCGCAAGAAGAGGAGAGAUGCGUCGCUCCUGCAGUGUUCUUCCCUCACUCCCUAGCCACUACAAGUACAUAUGACCGCCGACGACGGUCGUCAGCCACUUGCAGCAGCACCAGCAGCCUCGCCGGUGAGAGACACAUCGUGACGUUGGAGAAACCGAUCACUUUAGUAGCCGAGACGAGGCUGGAGCUGGGGUGUCGCUCAGUCUCUGUGUCGCCUCCGCUGUUACAACAGUCGAGCAGCUUUGAAGAGAACACAGCUGAGUUACCAACUUCCAUGACAUCGUCAGCGAGCAGCAAAGACGCAGUGUUCAUACACCGCCUCUUGACGCUUGUUAACCAGGAGGGAGAUCAGGGCAGCAGCGGCGGGGGUUCAGGAGCGUCAGGACCUCGCCAUAACCAUCGCCGGCGGGGUGUGUACGUCCCGGUGGACACAGAAUCUGAUACGGGGGUGACAUCAGACCCGGAGCUCUGCAGGGAGCCCCAGGCGUCCCCCAUCCCCGAGACUCGCGUCCAGGGAGAGAAGCAGAGGUCCAUUAGCUUAGGCGGGCGUGACAGAGGUCUGUGUCCCCUCCAUGGCACUACUAUACCUUACCAGACAGGGUUGGCCCCGGCACUACAGCGACGACGCACCCGCCGAGCCUCCCUACCUGCAGCCGUCACACCUGAGCCACGACCUUCAUUUUUUCAACGUUUACGACGGUCACUCAGGAGGAGCAGAAACGUUGAGCCCCUCAUAGCAGAGAUGCCCGGGGCACUGGACUUUAUGACCCAGGUGGUGAACGCUGUGCCCUCGCCGCCCCCCGAGGAGCCCUCCCCGCCCCCCGGGGUCCCCUGCUUAUGUCCUGACCCCGUCCAGGACUUCCGCCGCUUCCGGCCACGGUUAGGGUCAGGGGUCACGACGGUGAGCAGCGACGAAGAGGACAGGACACGUCGACCUCCCACUCCACAGGAUGGGUGUGAGCGGUGGCGUGUGGAGGGCGAGGUGUGUCGCCUGCAGGAGGCUUUGGGCCAGCGCCUGGGCACUGCGGCCAUGAUGGUAAGGCGCCGCGACCAUCGCCUACACACCAUCAAUACCAUAGAGAAAACCAUCCAAAGGCUCCAGCAGGAUACCUUACGCAACAACCACAAUAACUACAACAACAUUCACGAGCAACAGAGGACGUCGUCUCCUAUGCCACACCCCUCAGACAUCAUGGACGCCGUUAAUGCAAAUCAGCUUCAGGAUGAAGAUGGGACAACAGACGACAUUAGUGAGAUCCGAGAAAUGGACUCACUCCAGUCUGAUACCCUCCACUCCGGCGAGGGGGACACCCAAAUCAAAGGGAGACCUCCCCUCUCUAGUCAAGAUUCUAAUGAGUUAGAUUCUCCAACUGAUACCUUACUGCAACAGCACCAGUUCCCCCCAGGAAAAAUGCCUGCAGCCAUUGAAGCAGUAUUACGGGGAACUUGGCCUUUUGAAAAGGCUCUGUGGCACUCUAGUCCAGCUUCCAUGGGGAUGCCUUAUAAAAAUAAUAAUCAGGAGGUACCUGGGAUUAUGGCAACCUCAAGUGUAACAAACAGACGUGCCCAGAGUACCCAGCAGCUCCUGACAAACAAGGUGGAGAUGGUCUAUGGUCUUCUUUCCAUGUUUUCCUCGGGUGAUCGUGACGACAUGAGCCGCACACUUCUGGCUAUGUCCUCGUCUCCUGACUCUUGUGUAGCCAUGAGACAAUCUGGCUGUCUGCCCUUACUUAUACAGCUUCUUCAUGGGGGUGACGGAGAUGUUGCACCCACUAGAGAAACUCGGCUCAGAGCUGCACAAGCUCUCCACAACAUUGUCCACUCCCACCCGGAUGAUAAACGAGGACGGAGAGAAGCCAGAGUAUUGAGAUUACUAGAACAAAUUCGUGACUACUCGGACUACCUUUAUGAGCGGUUGGAGCGGACAAGUGCUGGUCGUGGGCCACUAUUAGAGGAUGACAUGGAUCGCCAUCCCUGUCCAGCAAUGGCUGCCCUCAUGAAACUUUCAUUUGAUGAGGAUCACCGUCAUGCUAUGUGUUCCCUGGGUGGUCUUCACGCCAUAGCAGAACUGAUCAGGCGAGAUCAUGAUGGUCACGGUUCCACCACAUCUGAUCAGUACUGCAUAACUUUAAGAAGAUACGCAGGCAUGGCUCUGACCAACCUAACAUUCGGGGAUGGUACCAACAAGGCUCUUCUGUGCUCCUUCCGGUCCUUCAUGAGGGCUCUUGUAUCACAGCUCCAUUCUCCUAGUGAAGAUCUAAGACAGGUAACUGCGAGUGUGCUGCGAAACCUGUCUUGGAGAGCAGAUGGAGCUAGUAAGGCGAGCUUAAGGGAUGUAGGAGCAGUGGCUAUCCUCAUGCAGGCCGCCCUCUCUGCCCGUAAAGAAUCCACACUCAAGGUUAUUUUGUCUGCCGUGUGGAAUCUGUCGGCCCACUGCAGUAUUAACAAGGCCGAAAUUUGUGCUGUGGAUGGAGCCUUGGCAUUUAUCUGCAGUACGCUCACCUACAAGUCCCAGUCAAAAACCCUGGCCAUUGUUGAGAAUGGAGGUGGAAUACUCAGGAACAUUUCUAGUCAUAUUGCUGUCAGAGAAGAUCUUAGGCAGGUACUGCGGGAACAUAGUACAUUAAACACACUGUUGGGUCAGCUACGCUCACCAAGUCUGACAGUAGUAAGCAAUGCAUGUGGAACUCUGUGGAACCUCUCCGCAAGGUGCAGUCAAGAUCAGCGUAUGUUAUGGGAGUUGGGUGCUGUUCCAAUGUUACGAUCACUAAUUAACUCAAAACACAAAAUGAUAUCCAUGGGGUCAAGUGCUGCUCUGAAAAACUUGUUACAAGCAAGGCCAGAGGGAAUGUCUCUGACAGACCCUCGGCACGGCAUGGGUCUGCCCUCCUUACAAGCUCGUAAACAGAAAGCCCUUGAACAGGAAUUAGAUCCAUCACUCUCUGAGACUUGUGAUAACAUAGAAACUUCACCACGUUCCUCACCAACUCAUCCUCAAGGUACUGACCCUCAUUUUUAUGGCCAACCAGGAGAUGCCACACAGUACUACCCAGGCACCAGACCCAUGUUCCACUCUCUAGGAGCACAGUAUAACAAUGUCUUAAGAUCUGAGAGUAGAGACUCUAUAUCUUCAACUCACUCUGAUAACUCACAUGACCGAAUGAGGCAGUUAUUAAUGCGACAUCAUCAGAAUGGUCGUGAAGGCAUUGGGGAAAAUGGCAGGCCUCUGGAUUUAUCACUUAGGUCUAUGGCUCCUCCAUCACACUGUGUACCAGAUAUUGCCCACAUGAGUCAAGAUGAACUGCAGAGACACUUAGAAUCCAAGGAGUUUAAUGGAAGUGCCGAUGAAAUAUUUGCAUCACGUGUCCGGAAUAUGAAAGACGUGUUUAAUCGUCAACCCGGUGAAGCUGUACCUUUUGCUGAUGCCCUCAGUGCUUCUACUGCUAAUGGUAGUCGUAAUGGAGCCUUUCACAGCUCGGGUCCACAACCACCUUUUAGCCCUCGUAGACGACCAUCAAACACGAGUGAAGAUGAGAGAAGUGCAGCUGGAAGGAACUUUGCCAGUGGUAAACAACAGCAACAACAGCCUCUCAAUGAAGCUCACUAUAAUUAUUAUAGCAAAUAUGUAAACUAUAGUCGCAACCUGGCUGAGGUAGACAUUGAAAAUGAUGCCCAGGAAGAGCCACUGAAUUACAGCCUAAAGUGUGGUGCAGGAACAACAUUGAAAACCCCAACAAAUGAAUCAAUGGCCAACAUGACCCAGAGCACGGAGAGACCUGUCCCACAGAUUGACAACUUUGUGGUAGAGAGACGAGAACCAAGAAAAACAGAGCCACUCGCUGAAACUGAGAGAGAUCCUGAGACCUUCACCGGUUACACAGAAACGGACCUUGACCAACCCACCAACUUCAGUCUAAGGUCGCACCUUCACAGGUACUCAGAAGAACGUGAUAGUGAUGAAGCUGCCUUGUACCGGCGUCCUCCCAAACCUCCCCAAGAACCCUCUUCCCAGUUCUUUGAACCCUCAAUCCAUGAUGACUCUCUCAAGACCUAUUACACUGAAGGUACGCCAUAUGAGACACCAUACAACUUCUCCACUGCUACUUCUAUGACAGACCUUCGGGAGCCAGCCAUUAAGGAGAUAGAAAGAGAAGGAUCAUCAGCGCCCACUACUGUGGAGAAAAAGAAAGAAAAGGAGAGUAAAGAUGAGAUCCUUGAAAGUGUGGAGGAUUCAGAUGAUGCUCGUGACACCCUGGAGCCUCUGCCCUCCCACACCGGCCUCCCUGUCAAGAGUGGUCUUAGUUCAGGCAUUAUGACACCAGACAAACCCAUCACAUACUGUGUUGAAGGAACGCCUGUUUCCCUCUCAAGAUUCUCAUCUGUUUCUUCAUUAACAAGUGGUGAAAUCAAUGCUAAUAAUGAUAGAGAUGGCCUUAUGGGAGAGCUGUCAGAAGAUGGAGAGCACAAGCCAGAGGUUAUUAGCAGUGAGGAGAAGAAGAACAGACAGGAGGAAGUCCGAGGAGAGGAAAUCGAGGAUGCUAACAGAGACGGAAGUCACACACCUUCAUCCCAACAGUUAGAGAGACCGGAAGGCAAGAGUGUGCACUAUGAGGAGACACCACUCAUGUUCUCCCGGGCCACCUCCGUCUCCUCCCUCAGCAGCUUUGAGGUUCAGUCCAUCCAUGAUGACCGCAGCUCUGUUGUCUCGGACUUCAGCCGGUUUACUAGUGGUGCAAUAUCCCCAAGUGACCUUCCAGAUUCUCCCAACCACACUGUACCACCAAGUCCCAAGAGGUCGAGACCUCCAUCACAGCCUUUCAAAACACCACCAACCCAGGGCCCAAGAACAAGUACGGGAGUGUUUAGCGAGGCCCCCAGAGCAUGGGUAGAGGAAGGCACUCCAGUUGAGUUCUCCCGAGCCACUUCCUUAUCAUCACUUACAAUUGAUGAUGACCUACCCAUCCUGGAUGAUGGCAUACCCACGGUAUGCACUUCUCAUCCUUCAAAGGACCGACUUCGAGGUGAUGGCAAAGACAGCAGUGAAACGACAGGUAGUGAGGCAUCCCGCGCUGCCUCUCGUGGCUCCCAGAGGGGACGGCCAUUGACCAACAUUCCAAGACUCCAUGGACCGGAACAUGGGGAUCUAAGUGUGUCUGCUCGGGAAGGAGAUCAAAUUGUAGGUGGGCGAGAGAGUUCAGAAGAGCCUAGACAAGACAGGUCGCGAGAACACUCCCAAAACAGGUCAAGUACUCACUCUGACUCUGAGAGUGAAGACCUGUUGGCUGAAUGCAUCAGCUCCGGCAUGCCUGACAAUACGCGACGCAACAAGCAGCAGUACAGUGGUCGAGGAACCUCCCGAAUUGCCCAGCCAAGCAGUCGUGUGCGGGGCUCUGGCAUCCCGGUCGUUAAGGCCUCCAACCUGCCUACUCAGAUACCCAGUGGCCCCGCCCACAGCCAUGCCCAGCAGGGUGUUGGUGGCGGGGUUUGGGGGGGAGACACCCUUCGCACUUACUGCACAGAAGACACACCCGCCAGCAUCUCUCACGCCGCUUCCAUAUCUGACCUCUCCCAACUAUCCAUUCCGGGUGAGGAACCAACUAAGGAGCGACAUCCUUCAGGCCUGCGACCUAGUCUUAAUGACUCAGGUGAUAACUCAUCGGAUAAUGACAAUCUUCUGGAGCAGUGCAUCCAGUCUGGGAUGCCCAAGGCACGCCCUGGUGCUAAGGUAAAGGAAGUGAAGUUGGGUGCAAAGCGUCAUGGAUCGGGUCACUUGUGCUCCCAUGGAGCACCACCUGCAUCGGGUCCUCCACUGGCAUCACCUCGACACUCUCCUCAUCAUCGGCCUGUUCCAGUGGCCAGGGUCACUCCUGCUGUUAAAGUGGGUGGAGCUAGAGUUUCACCACGUCCACCACCUGCUGUGGAAGAUGCAUCUGGUGAUCAAGUGCGUAUGUGGGUCACAGAAGGUACUCCAGCAACAUUCUCCCGUGCUGACUCGCUCUCAUCACUCAGCUGUGAUGAUGAUGUCAACAGAGCUAGCCGAGAUCCUAGUCCAAGAACCCCAGGAUCCCCACGUUCCCGAACCCCACAGUCUCCACAACCUCGGACACAAUCUCCACGUCCCAGAACACCACAGUCUCCACGAUCGAGAAGGUCCCGGUCUCGGCAAUCGCAGAUUCAGCGUAGGGGACAGGAGGCAGAUGGAGAAAAUGAAGUGCCUCGACAGUUUGCCGUCGAAGGCACUCCCGGUGUAAUAUCUCGGCACUCAUCUCUCAGUUCAAUUGAAGGUGGAGACGAGAGUGCUAUUAUUCAAGCACCUAAUGCACCACAAGCAGGCAGUGUUCGAAACUAUGGGGUAGAGGACACACCAGUAUGCUUUUCAAGAAACUCGUCUCUAAGCUCUCUCUCUGUUGAUUCUUUUGGGGAAGAGACAACUCCAACAGAACAAGCAUUACUACAACAAUGCAUAAGUCAGGGUAUGCCUAAGAGCAAAUCAGAUCUAGAAAGUCGACGUCGACGUCGAGGGGGUUCUCGUAUCCCCGCUCCUUCAUCACGAUCACCAAUACGUCUCAUUCCAGGGGUCCCCAUGCAACGACUUACACUGUGUAGAGAUGAACAUGCUACUCAGUCAAAAAACGUGGGGGCGAUGGCGGCAGCUGUAGACGAUGUGGACGCAGACGCCGUCAUGCCCAUGCCAGAUGCAGAGAGCUCCAAGUUGCACACAGAUUCAGAACAGAACGAGAAGAAUGAACGUACAAAAAGACAAGUAGAAGAAGUUGAUGCUGAAUAUAAGGAAGAUGAUGAUGAUGAGAGUGUUACUGAACACACUGAGGCAGAUUCUGAGGCUGUAACUACUGCAGAGAUCAGUCAUCCUAGAAGUGAAGUCACAAGUGAAGGGAGUGGUGCUACAGUGGUAACUCUUCCCUUAGCCAAGGGGGAAAGUUCACCAGUGGAACAAGAGCCACGUGUCAGUGAUGGAUCGGCAGAAGGUCCUGGAUCAUCUCCCGAAGAAAAGAAUUCUUGGGUAGAACACAGAAAUUCUGCGGAUAAAUCAUCUCCCUCUGAAGGCCGAGGUUCAGAUACUUCUGUUACAGCUUCCAUGUCAGAGUCAGGCUUGUUGGCUGUAGAAGCAAUGAAGGUUGCCAGGGCUGUUGCAAGUGAAGCUAAGCUUCUUAGUAGUGAUGAGACAUCCCAUAUGUCACAAAGUAUAACUAGUGCAGCCUCUGAUGCUUAUCUUGAUAAUAUAAAACCUCCAUCAGCAAUGGGCAGUCUAGCAUCGAUGUCAAAUAGCCUGACAAAUAGUACAGAGGAACACAGAGGGACACGUACAAAUAACCGUCGUCUGGAAUGCCGCCACACUCGUCGAGUACCAGAAAUGGUACGGCGGGCUCUUGGUGAACAGGAUUAUGGUUCCACAGAAAACAUGGCUAGCAUGGCUAGUUCCUGUCAUUCUAAUGUAGAUAACAUCCCACCUCCCUCUAUGUUAGAUGAUGAUAUGGAGAAUUCCAUGAUCAGUGUUGCUUCUAUUACAUCUGAAGUGGCAGAGCAGCGGGAGUCUCCACCAUCACCCCCAGCAGAUCACACUUUACAAGUAGCUGCUCCAGCCCGGCAAUUGGCAGCAAUUUUCCAAAGGGAAGCUCUCAAUGCUGCUUCAACGCUCACUUUAACUGGUGGAGAUGAAGCUUCUACCUAUCAAGAAAUCACAGACAUAACAGAACAUGAAGAAACUGUUGGGCCUGCUAGUGAUACAGAGUUGGCUGCUGAUGACUUACCUUGUGAUAUUCCUGAUUUACCCCAAGAUGGAAUAUCAUCUCCAUUAUGUACAUCUGCACAUUCUUCACCCAACAGACUAGGUACACCACGUUCUCGCAGACACCUGGCCAAAGACCGAUACCGCACUUUUACUCGUGCUGAUGGGGAAGUGUCCUCUGAUGCUACCCCUUCUCAAGACACAGAUCCUACUUUAGUUGAAGGCCUCCCCUCAUCUCCACUGGUAAGUCGCACUCCUAAACAGCGACGUCAAGAAGAUUCUGAACGUUUCAGGACUCGAACAAUAUCAUCUGAUGGCAGUGGUCAAGAUAAUGUCACUACUAGUACAACUCCUCCAAAGGAUGCGGUGAAAGACAAAAUCAGUCCACGAAGAUCACCCAAAGAUCGUCGUCUACAAGACCCCAGUCGCUUCCAAACACACACUAUAAGUGAAGUACAAGCUGUACCAGAGGCAACAGAAGAAGCAUCUGCUCAAAAAACUGAAAGUGUUGAAGAGCCUCCCUCCUCACCACCAAAGGGACAAGGCAGACAGUCAUUCAGACAACGACGGCAAGAGGAUCGAGAGCGAUACCAAACUCGCACCAUAGAUGUACCUAUGUCAGACAUCACACCAGAGCCAACAACUGAAGACGAGGCUAAUAAGGAAGGUGAUGGAACAUUAGUAGAUUUUCAAGACAGUAAUGAAAUGCUUGAUUUAACAGCUGAACAACUUGAAGCAUUACAGCAGGAUGCUAAUAUUGUCAUCUGUACCUUAAAUGAAACUCGGGAAGCAAUGACUAGUGAGUCUUCAGAUCUCCUCAGUGAAGAAAAUAUUUUAGAUAUUGAAACUCUUAGCUUAAUUUCAAAUGAAGAUGAAUCUGAGAUGAGAAAUUUUCUUCGGGACUUUGACGACGACCCGCCAGAUAAAGGAGAUGAAGAAGAGGACGAGGAAGAUGAGGAGGAAGAGAGACCGGUUUUACGACGCCCCAGAAUUGUAAAGCCUAGCGAGGAGACUGUACGUGUUCCAGACGAGGACGAACCUGCAGGAAAAGGCAUCAGAGGCCGCAGAAAGCCAUUGUAUUCAAGUGGCAAAAAAUACAGUGCCACACCUGCAAAAACAGCACAAGCCACAGUAAGCCCAGCAAGAACAAUUCCAGUGAGACCCACUCUUGUACGUCCAAGCUCUGCAUCCCCAGUGAAACCAUCUUCUCCAAAAUUGCCACGUGCAACAAGAGCAUCUGCAUUACGUCACACUUCUAAUCUCCAAAAAGGGAGCAGUAGCGGUGAGGAUAGUCCAAAAGGAUCAUCAGCUGGUAGCAGUGCAGGGUCCAGCCCUCGUUUGGGCCCAGGUUCCCGUGCCAUUAACACCAGACCGGCUCGAUCAAAAUCACUAGCAAGACCCGGUCCUGAAUAUCCUAGACCUUUGCGCCGUCAAAAUACAUUUACAAAAGAUGACAGUGAUACACCAACUAGCCCAGAACAUAAUUUUCACACUGAAACUAAAAAAACUGCCCCUGUUACUAGAGGGCUCUCCAAGCCAAGGCUAAGGCGAGACACAGUGCAGCCUAGUCCACCAGUGACACAUCCAAGCUCAGCAGUUCGUACUGGCAUACCAAAAAGUGGGAGUCAGGAUUUAAGCCCUACAAAGGGCCGACCUCCCCAACAUAAGUCAACUAGUUUGACACGUGACGUUCGCCCACCUACUUCAUCUGAUAUGGCUGAGUGGCGCCAGGAUGUUCCCAAAAAGACAACUGUGAAGAAAGAAGUUACUAGUCGAAUUGCUAACUUGUGGAAAAGGGUGGAACGUGCACAAACUAAACCAAAAGAGAAGGAGAAAGAUGCCCGUGUAUGGAUAGCACGUCCUAAAUCUGCUGGCAAGGUAUCUUCACCUCAGCCUCUAGUGCGUAGCUCCACGUAUGAGAAAUUACCAGUUAAUGGGGGGAACAAUGGGAGUGGUGAUGUUGGAAAAGGCAGAACUCGCUUAGGACUCAAAUUAGCUAAAUUAAGGGGUAGGGAUACACGGUCCUCACCUCCCUCAGAAGCCACUACUCCAGUUGAUCCUCGUCCUCACUGUCUGGUAAGUCCGACACGUUCCCGGUUAUCAGAAAUGAGUGGUCGACCAAUAGAAACAGUGCAACUUCGCCAGAGACCAGCUACUCAUCCUCCAAGUGCACACGUUGGUCAGAUGGAAGAAGAUAGUGAAGCUCGUGCAAAGCGACUGUCCCGCCUCGGUUCCUUUAUUGUAGUUGAGGAGGAUGGACGAGUACGAUCUCCACCACAGUCUGCUAUUGUUCCUCCCUUCAACUAUCAGCCACCUGUUGCACCAAAAGUACGAUCUGCUAUUGCCACACGCAUACCUCAGCCUUCCAAAUCACUACUCUCCAAUGCACCUUGUGGCCGCGAUGACAAUGGAAAUGCUGCUGACCCAACAGUAGUAACUGGAACAUGGCGGCCCUGACCCAAACCCCCGCGCCAUACAAAUCAAGCCCAAGAUCCCCAAAUUCCAAUGGGGCGCGGGGGUGGGGGGCGUCAGAGACAUUGGGCCGUAAGGCCUGUGUGAUCCUAUAUAAUUUAUGUUCUCUAAUUUACCAAACACGUGUUUAUGCUCCACAUAGCCAUAUAAUGUUGUAUGUAGGAGAUGGAUACUCAGUGUAGGUAGUGACUGGUGCCUGUUGUAAGUACCAGUUCUACCAUGAUGCCCUUGUAAGGGUUUCCAAAGUGGGCCCAGGUAGGCUUUAGGCUGUACCCAUCACACCACAUGCAAGGUCAGGCUCAUGAACUGUUCCUAUUUGUAAAUAGUCUGUCCCCAUACACACCAUUUUAGUCAAGCAUUUCUACUUUAAGACAGCUUAUGUAUAGAAGAUUUAUUUUUACUCAGUAUUUUAGUGCAUUUUCUUGCAUUUAGUGUUUGUUUCUCAAUUGUCCAUUUCCACUUGUCAUUGUUUCUCUGAGAAUGGAAUAGUUCCCGAGCCUGACGUUUGCCCUAACCAGAUUCAUGGUCACGACGAGUACCAAAGGACAACUGGUGGGUGGGCAGAUUCUAUAUUAUGAGCAUGAGCCCUGCCUCGCCCUGCUGUGUCACCCUGCCGUUGAACAAGAUAUGCGUCCAGGAACGUGUCCCUCGAGAAAGUGGCCUAAGAAGUCCUCGUCUCAUGGGUUUAGUAGGUACAGCUUUACAAGAACAAUACUUAAUGCAUUUAUUAGUUUUUUCCCUGUGGUCUUGAGUUUUAAUAAAUUAUUUAUUCAAUAUUAGAAUUUUGUAUAUAAACUUCCUAUUCGUACACACAUUUCAUCAUUUGUAAUUAUCUUUUAUUUUUUAAUAAAGCAAGAUAUAAUUUUUCUCACCACCUAUUUCAUCUUCCAUAUUGCAAAGUAAUAAGGAGCCAUCCUCAGUACAGCUAUAAAUAUGAAGAAAGGUUCUCAUGUAAGACGUUAAAUGGCACUAGGUUUUGCCAAAUACAGUACUUGUUAGCAUUGUACAGCUUAUCUCUAAUAAUAAAGCAUACUCAUUCUCAAAUCAUGUUGAACACAAAUAUAGGUCUUAUCAUGUAUACCUUUUUCAUAUAAUCUGUAUCUUAUGGUGCAGACUAUUUCACUGUUCAUAUGAUUAUGAAUUGAUUGUUUAAGCUUAGGAUGAGGUACUACACUUUUUUUUUUAGAUGUGGCCUUGGAAAUGAAGGUCCUGGAAGGGAGUCAUGAACAAGAUUGUUAUGUUCACUACACAGAUUAAACUUGACCCAAGUGUAGAACAUAAUGUAAUUAGUUCAUUAUACAGUAUUUCAAUUUUAAGACAUAUUCUGCUCUAUUAGGCAUUAAAUGGAUGAAGCUAUAUAUCAGGUUCUUGAGAUAUAUAGAAAUUAUUUUUUAUCCUAUGGAUAUUACUUAUGGAUACUGAAGUCUUGACUAAGUACUGUAUAAUCGAGUUCAAGACAUACUAACUGUGCUGUAGUUCGUUAUUUAUAUGAUCCAAUGAAAGGAGUGUUUAUGGCUUAGAGCUUUAGCUACUCUAUCUCUGCUUUUGGAAAGUACUUGCAAAUAGUAGAGACUCUUGUCCUGAUGACCAAUUCAUGCACAAGAAUUAGUUAAUGAGCUGAGUACUGCUGACUUCACAUUAACUCUUGCAUAGCUCUUUAUUACCUGCAUUCAUAGAGUGAACCACCUUCAUGUUGAUAGAGCAACAGUUAAGGUUGUUGCUGGAGACUUUACUUUUGGGCUGUACUGAGGAUGCUUCUUCUAAGGGUCAUUAGCAGUCAUAAAUGAACAUAAUAUUUGAAGAAAAAAAUUACCAUGAAAAUAUGACCGCAUGUAAUUGAGCCAAACUAAAUUGAUAUGCAAUGCGUUCUGCAAGGGCCGUUUACAUUAGGGUACUAAUGUGAUACAGGUACGUGCAGAGCAUACAUUCUCCCCAGAUUAUUAGAGCAGAUAAAAUCCCUCUUGCUUUGCUAUGAUUAAUUUCAAGUUAUUCACUGCAGGUAUCUUUGACAAUGUUGUUCUUUGAUAUUCAGUGUGCAGUAAGAUUUGCAGUUUCAAUAAUUCUUAGACAACAAUCAAAUUGAUACUAAUAAUAGAAUUCUAGGAUAUUUGUGCACAUAUUUGAGCUUGUAUGUUAGCUUUUCAUUUGACACAGAAAAGGUAUUUAAGGAUUUAUCCAAAUUCAACACACUGUUGAUGGAUAGUCCUGAAAUGAUUAAGAGUUACCAGUUCAGUCAUAAAAAUAAUUUUGGGCAAAAAUAUCAAGAACAAGGUCAGACCCUCUCUUUUGGUCUGGGGAGGUCGUUGCAGCCACCACGUCGGCAGGGUCGUCUAGAGUCUUUACUCCAGACUGGACUACUGGAAGAGUGGGGCAACAGAUGAUGUGUCUGUAUGAUCAUGGUUGUGGCAAAGUCUGAUAUUAUUAUAUGUAUGAAAUUUUCAGUUUAUGUGAUAUAGUUACUGACCAAUUAGUUAUUGAUUUCUUAAUCCAAUCGUUAUAAGUUGACACCUUAACAUGAUCUUGUGUAUUGUAGAACAUAAUACUGUACUGUAUGUCCAAUGAUGGUUUUUGUUUUGAUGCAUUUUGAUUGUUCCAUUAUGUUCAUUUACUGCCAGCUAACCAUAAUUAACAUUCUUAUUUGUUAUAUUUUAAUUCUAAGUGAUCAUUGAUUGAGAAUGAAUGAUCUUGUAGGUGAUUGUUCCUCAUGGACCAGUAGGUAUAAUGAUGUGACUUCCAUAUUGUGUACAUCUCCUAUAUUAGUUACAACACUAACAUUUUGAUCAGUCUUUCUAUUAUUGACUUGAUGUAUAAAGUAUUGACGGCAUGUGUGCUGGUGGUGGCAAGGGUGAGGUGGUUCUUAAGGCUCGUCUGUGGGUGAUGGAUACAGUAAACUGUCUCUCUUUCCUCCUUGUCCCUCAAUGCAAUAUCCAACUCUUCCUCAUUAUCAUAUGGUUUAAUAUAGUAUUAUGAUAAAAUUAAAUACUUGUAUGUA